AAUUUCAUGCAAAAAUAAACGCGUUUAUCUCCUUAUUUAUUGUGAGGCAGAUGAGGUGUAAAAUUCGAUUAUCAGCCGAUAAAGCUCGAAUUUGAUUUCGCAGAAGGGUGUUAAAGGACAUAUGAAAAAAAUGAGAGGUGUUUUUAUUGAGAUAUCGAAGGAAAUAUCAAAUAACUCAUUAGGCCAGAGAAUUUCUGAGAUUCGCAAAGUGUGAGUGUCAAGUUUUGGUCAGAAUGAAGUUUCUUGCACUUUUGAGUGUUUUUUCACUAUUUAGUUACAUAAAAUGCGAUACCCCGGCCAACUGUACGUACGAAGAUAUCCGAGGUGAAUGGAUAUUUCAAGAAGGGCGUAGGGAAUCGAAUGCCAGUAUAGACUGCUCUAAUUUCACAGGCUCAGUGGCCCACACUUUGAAGAUAAGAUUGGACUUUCCAAACAUCGCUUUCGACAGCCUCGGGCACAGAGGCUUCUGGACCAUCGUGUACAAUCAGGGCUUUGAAGUCGUGAUCAAUUAUCGGAAAUAUUUCGCCUUCUCGUCCUACAGGAAGGAUUCGAGCGGCAACUACACCAAUGAAUGUGAUAAAAUUCUUCCAGGUUGGAGCCACGACGUCUUGGGAAAGAACUGGGCUUGCUAUAAUGGGCACAAAGUUGGAGUAUCCAGUUUGGUCCGAUCUUCUCCCAUUACUGCGUAUCCACCAAAAGAAUCUUUAUUCUCUGACAGUUUGGUGAAUCAGAUCAAUAGGGCUCAGAAGUCAUGGAAGGCAACCAUGUACUCAGAGCUGCAAAAUACACCCCUCGAUGCCUUGAUAAGAAGAGCAGGUGGCUUGGUUUCGCGCGUUUUCAGGCCUCCAGUCCCAGCUCCGAUUGAUUUCAAAGUAUUGAAAGCCUCCUUCGGACUCCCCACCGAGUUCGACUGGAGGAACGUGAGCGGAACCAACUACGUCUCUCCCGUCAGAAACCAGGGCCCCUGUGGCAGUUGUUACGCUUUUUCCUCCCUCGCCAUGUUGGAGGCCCGACUCAGAAUCAUCACGAACAACACGCUUCAAGUCCAGUUCUCGCCUCAAGAUGUCGUGAGUUGCUCCAAAUACUCCCAAGGUUGUGAAGGCGGCUUUCCGUAUGCGAUAGCCGGCAAAUACGCACAAGACUUCGGGGUUCUGCCAGAGGAAUGCUAUCCUUAUGAAGGUAGCGACGGCAGCUGCGCACCCAAAAAGGACUGCAAAAGAUUUUAUGUUGCAGAAUAUAACUACAUAGGAGGCUUGUUUGGAGGUUGCAAUGAAGAACUAAUGAAGCUAGAUUUGGUGAAGAAUGGACCUUUAACAGUGGCAUUUGAGGUAUAUCCAGACUUCCAACUCUACAGUGGUGGAAUUUACCACCAUACUGGCAUUGGAGAUAAAUUUAAUCCUUUCCACCUAGUUAAUCAUGGAGUGCUGAUAACAGGAUAUGGUAUAGAUAAUAAAACUGGAGAAAAGUUUUGGAUAGUUAAAAAUAGUUGGGGUACGGCAUGGGGUGAAAACGGUUACUUUAGAAUAAGAAGAGGUACAAACGAAUGUAAUAUAGAGAGCAUGGCAGUGUCUGCGAUACCAAUUCCUUAA